GGUAUUGAAUGACAGCUACCUGUAUACUUCUUGUUUACUUACAUAUACUUGUCAACUUGAUUUAACAACUUUCGACUGUGACUAUUCUUCUGGUCAACAUGCGAGGACUUUCACUGGUCAAACAGUCAAAUCGGAUAACUUUUUCAUCCACAUCUAUGAAACCGCAUUUAAAUGCAGCGUUGCAAUGUUUGUUAAAAUGCAAUUUUCAUCCGAUUUCCCAACAGCGCUUUCAGCAUACAAUAGUAGGCAAAACUCCGAAAACAGGUUUAACAAAAGACGCAAGAUCUGCUAUUCAAUUUGAUGACUACAAAACAGUGUUCGAAUUCAAAGAAACACCAGAAAUUUUGCGAGCAUUGUUUGUUUUGAAACUGUGUUCUUUUGAUGGAAUAGUAAAUAAUGGUGAACAGUUGAUGAAAUUGUCAAAGCGAUUACUUGGAAACAGACUUUAUACUGCGCUACAAAAUAAAACCGUAUACGGUCAGUUUAUCGGAGGAAAUAGUUUGGAAGAGCUAAUGGUCAAAGUGAAGGUAUUACGGAUGGGAGGAAUUGGCCCACUCUUAGCAGUACCUAUGGAAGAUGACGUCGGAGAUCAAUAUGAUAUAGAGCAAAUGGAGCGACAAUUUGAUCAGAACAUGAUUAAAACUAUGGAUUGUCUCGACAUUGUUUCUAACCUGAAUGACAAAAUCCCCAUGAUGCAAGUGAAGCUAACAGCUUUAAUACCUGGUGACAUCUGCACAAAAUUAUCAACAUGCUGCCCAAAUCCCAGUGAAGAAAACAAAGCAGUCAUUGAAGACAUUGCAACAUUUUUCCGAGCAGAUAAAAUGCCAUACAUUCCUAAUUUAACAAGUACAGAGAACAUGCAACUAGAAGCCGGUUUGAAUAGGCUCAAAUUGGUCUUUCAGAAAGGCAAAGAGAAGAACAUAUGGUUGAUGGUAGAUGCAGAGUAUACAUACAUGAAUCCAGCAUUAAAUCUGAUAACAUUGGCAAUGAUGUUGAAUUAUAAUCAUGAGAAACCACUGGUCGCUUACACGUAUCAAAACUAUCUUAAGGGAACGGAAGAACUACUCAAAAGAGAUAUAAAAUUUAUAAAAUCACAUGGUGUUGCUUUUUCCGCAAAACUUGUGAGAGGAGCUUAUAUGGAUAAGGAAAGAAUGCUCGCAAGAAAGCACGAAUAUCCCUGUCCAAUAAAUAACUGCUAUGAAGACACGUCAGAUACUUACCACAAGUCUCUUGAAAUUCUAUUUGACGAAACAAGGAGGAAUACAAACAAAUUUAAGACUGUAGUUGCCUCACAUAAUGAGAGUACUGUGCUCCAUGCAGCAGAUAGGAUGAAAGAAUUCGACAUUGACAAACAAGAUGGAUCAGUUGUAUUUGGACAGGUUGAUGGAAUGGGUGAUCAAGUUUCGUAUGCUCUAGGACGAGCUGGAUACUUGGUUUACAAGUCAGUGCCAUAUGGAAGCAUUGAAGACACUCUACCAUAUCUACUCAGACGGUUGUUAGAGAAUAGAUCGGUACUGAACGGUGUCCGGAGAGAACGAGAACUUUUAAGAUCUGCACUGAAACACAGACUUAAACAAAAAUGUUUUCCUGACUGACAAUUAAAUACUACCGUCUAGAUAGUCCUUGGAAACGGUUUACUAACAUUAUAACUAAGUAACGUGCUGAUCAUUUCUAUCCCUUAUCUCAUUAUGAUAAUCAUUGUAUUAUUGGAUAUCUCUAAUGUAUGCUUCCCAAAACGUCAUGAAUUCCUUUCAAAUGACAACUACAAAAUGGGUUUUGUGUAAAUUUUAUUCUAUGCGUGACAAAGAUGAAAGACGAAUCAUUAGCAUUGUACUUUUUUAACUUUAAAGUUUCAGUGAUAAUCUUUAUGUAACCACAAAUUGGGAGUUGUAAAAUAAAUCCCAAAGUACUUUGAAAAUUUAAUGCAUUAUGGCGAAAACCCAACAUUUUUAGUAGUCAUCAUAUAGGAAAAAAAGUCUUGUGUUAGCUAUGAUUUUUUGUGAUGUAAGUCAGUGUUGUUGAUUAUCACGUUUACAACUUCCUCAAUCGGAACAACGUUUUGAAAUGAACCAAUAUCUAGUGAUUUACAUGUGCAAUGUAAAAUUAAUUGAGAUCAAACAAAAUACCUGAAAAGUGUUCGCUCUCAAGAUUAAAUAGAAUAAUAUAAGAUUUCUGCGCUAUUAUUAGUGCAGUAAAAAUGUGUGAACAGAUCUGUAGAGUGCGAUACAUAUUCUACAACCGAGCAUAUUUAGCAGUACGGAAAAAAUGGUAAAAAUAACAAGACAGUCAAGUCUACCUAUACAAUCUUCAUUUGAAGCGCAAUUAGGGCGAACAUUACGAAGUGACCCUUAAGCUUCUGCAAUGUUUUUUUUUCUUAAAACAAUAUUCGUCAGUAGUCGUGCUAUAAUAACCUAAAUAUGCAUAUCAGCCAUUAUAAUUAUAUUUAACUUAAUGUAAAACAAAUAUUUCAUUAUCAGAAAAAUGGGAUAAGACUUGUCGUCAUGUAUAUUUACAGUGUUAUUUAUAUCAUGUUUUUGAUUUAUAUAAAUAACUAUAUUUUGAUUUAAACAGUACUAAAAUAAUCACAUGCUUUGUAGAGCAAUCUUUUAUCAAAGUUUGUUUAAACCCAAAUUAAAGAUACUGAUGCAACUACUUGUAAAUUCAAAGUUUCAUCCUUAUAUCUUCGUUCAUAUAUUUGUUUUAGUCAUAAAAAUGUUACCAUUAUACAAUUAUUUUUUUUUUUUACUGUUUGUGCUUUCACAAAUCAUUAUGAACACGAAAAGGUUAUGUACCUCUGUUGUAGCACUUUUCUUGUACAUACAUAUAAAAUAAAAACUGAUAUUACUUAGA